UUAACAUCGAUUUAAUUUUCUUUUCUUUUUAAGUUUAUAAGUUAAAGUAUUGAAUUAAAAUGGCCACAAGAACAAAUACAAUACAACACAAUUCGAGUGGCAGUGCCAAAUCUUCAUCUCUGAAAGAGAUUUGCAAUCGUGCAUUGACAGCAAAAUCAGAGUGGCUAGAUAAGGAUGAAUUCCUAGAUGUUAUCUAUUGGUCCCGUCAAGUACUUGGCAUUAUUUUGGGUAUCGUAUGGGGUAUUGUUCCAUUGAAAGGAUUUUUGGGACUUGUUUUAUUCGCUGGUAUUAGCUGUGGCCUAGUUUAUGUUUAUGCCAUUAAUUUCCAAUCAAUCGACGAAGAGGCUUAUGGUGGUGCUUGGGAAUUGAUAAAGGAGGGCUUUAUGACAUCAUUUGCGGGCUUUUUGGUAACGUGGAUUAUUUUCUAUACCGGCUUACACUACGACACUAUAAUGGAAGCAAAAGGACUUUGAGAUAUCUGAAUAUCUGAUCUUUAGACGCAAAUUAGUAGUUAAUUAAAUUGUUUAGUUAUUCAUUUAUAAAAGUAUAAAG